AACGAAGUUUACAGUUACGGAAUUAGUUCAAUCUGUCAGCUCUUAUUUCGAAAGCGACCAACUUCCGUUUAGGCGGAAGUGUUUUGAAACAAUGAACUAGUCAAGAAUUCGGUGCAAUAGUACGUGUUCUAAGCGUUUUUACUCAUUUUGUUUAAAACUAAGGACAGUUUGCGAUUAAAAACAAACUAAACUGUCUUUAUACAAAAUUAGUUUAUACAAGAUUAUCACAAACCUUGUAAGGUUUUGUUUCUCGGUCAGGAUUAGCUGCUUAAAAGGCUGGACUUCAUGGACUGGAUUGGCUUCGGCUAUGCUCUGUUUGUAUCAGCAGGAGGAGUUAUAGGUUAUGCUAAAGCAGGCAGCGUCACCUCUCUGGUCGCUGGUAUUGUCUUCGGCUUGGCGGCUGCAGUUGGAGUUUAUCUGACGUCUCAGAAUCCCAGGAAUGUUUGGCUUUCAUUGGGCACAGCGGGAACCUUGGCUGUAGUGAUGGGACUGAGAUUUGUAAACUCCUGGAAGUUCAUGCCGGCUGGUUUGAUGACUUUAGUGAGCGUGCUGAUGCUGACGAAAAUCAUCUUUGGAAUGCUGAAGUCAAGGCAACACAAAUCCUGAACUUUAAAUUUGGAAUAUGGCUUGUGAAACAUUUUUAGCUGAAUAGCUGUAAAAAGUGACUUGGAAUGUGAUAUUUGUUUUGUUUAAAAGUGGAAUAUUCUUUGAUUUUUGGGGUAUAACAAAAAGAAAUCCACUCAAAAUGCAUAAAAACAAACAGAAAUUAAAUGUUUACUUUAAUUAUUAGAUUCUAUGUAUAAAGUCAUAAUAAUUUUGUCUUUAUCAAAUUAUAAGGUGAUUUUAAUCUAAUCUCAAGUGAACAAAAACAGCAUUUUUACUUAAGAAAAAUGACAGCAAAAUAGAAAAAGCUAUUAAAGAAAAACUAAGCAGAUGCAAAUGUGUAGAAAAUGUGACUUUCUACACAGUUAAAUGGUAAAAUUUCCAGCUUUCCCAGACUUCACUUAAUAGACAUCCCGGUCUUUUUACAUUUAUUUUAAAAUAUAGAUUUAAAAGCAAAAUAUCCUGACACAUUCAGAAUAUAACAUACACCUGGGCGAAAAAAAAAAUAAAAUAAAAAAGCCACCACAUGGACUUAAUGGAUCUGGUUUUGAGUCUAAUUUUAUCCUUUAGUUAGUUUUCAAAUUUUUUUCCCACAUGUGCCUUAUUUUCUUUAUGUGUACCAUUUUUAUUGUGCUAAAUAAAUGAAAAAGAUUAAUAAUAAUAACAGAAGAAAACAAAAAGGACAAAACUCAAACUAUGUAAAUAAUGACUCGCAACUAGCUGGAAUUUUUAUUUUAUCAUUUAAAGUACCAGAAUCUGCUGGUAAUGAAAUAUUUUGUCUCUCUAAUUACAUCAUUUUCACAAAUUAAAUCAGAUUAAACAGUACGACUCAAGUAAUGAGUUGCAUUUUCAGCAACUAUUUUUCUACUCUUAUCUGUUUGUACGACUGCUUUUUAUUUCUACUUGAAUAAAAAUACAUUAUAUUGAAGCAUUGUUACUUUGACUUUAAUAAAAUGUU